AGGAUAUUUGCCGGUAUAAACCCACCACAUCAUCCCAGCUGAUACACUAACAUUAAACCACUGCCAAGCGAACACAAACGCAAGAGGCAAACUCAUCCCUUCAAUAACAUCAGUGAGAGAGAAGGAAGAGGAGAAAAGGAGGGGCAAAGUGUGAGAUAGUGAUGCUUUCAGCAGGUGUCAAACAGUGAGAGGUAGCUGAUAGAGGAGAGGGAAAGACUGCUUGAGAGAUGCAGCCAGCCUGUGAGAGCACACAGUGACCCACAGCAUCGGAGACGAGAAGAAGACAAAGUAAUCCUGUUGUCAUUGCAGUGUCAGUGUAGUCGUGUCCAGCCAGUCUCCUGCAUUACUGUUCCCGCCCUCCCUCUACUCACUGCUGCCAUGCUGUACCCAGCUCUGCUCUGUGCUGCUCUGCUCCUGAUAGCACCCCUGGGGCACACAGAGGGGCGCACCCUUCAUCCCUCACCUGAUGCCAUCCAGUUUGUUGAGCAGUUUCUGGAUCGCUACAACGACCUGACUCUGGAUGACCUGGAGAACCUGGUGAGCAGCCAACCAGAGGAGCCCUCCUCGGCUUUCACUUCCGGGGUCAAAGUCGCUGAGUACCCCAAAUGGGCUGACAUACCAGCACAGGGCGACAGCACCUGGCUCCGCCUCCUGAAGGGGACCCUGGCCAAUCAGAAAAGAGCUGUGACGGACCGGUCGAGGAGGGGGUGGAACCGAGGAUGCUUCGGACUCAAACUGGACAGGAUCGGGUCAAUGAGUGGACUGGGCUGCUAGUGGAGAGAGAGGAAGAGACUGACGUCCCAAAGGGGAUAUGAGGACGAACACACAGUAGGCUGCUACACAGCACACAGUCAUUUACACACAUGCGGUGAAUACAAGGAUGUUAAUGUGAGUACAAAUGAGGUCUACAUGUAGCGUAGCUGUAGUGUACUUGCUGUAGUGCUAAUGUGGUUCCAUCGAGCUUAAAGAAAGUUACUCUGGAUGUCUCCUGGCUGUUGGAAGGGGUUAGCUGUACUUAUAUUGUACAUCUAUUCAUUUGAAUCUUGAAAGUAUCAGAGUUAUGUUUACAUCAAGCUGUUAUUCUAUUUUAAGUCUCUGAGUGUUGUUUUGACAGUAAACCUGCACUUUAUUUAAAACAAAGUAUUUAAAAGUGUUGUCUUUCUUGACUAAUAUUGUCCUUGUUAAUCCUGCAGGAAUAGUUGUGUUAUGGCAUGUUUAAUGGAAAUAAAUAUUUGAAAAAAAAGUUAAUAAUAUAAUUCAAGUCAAAUGUUUCUUCUCUCUGCUAUUGAUUUGACAUACAUUUGGCAUGAAUAAAUGUAUACUGAAA